GAAAGGACAGGUUACAGUGCCCUGCUGACGAAUCAAGCAUUUGUCAAUGGUGGACACAAGCAGAAAUUAUCGAAGGUUUCCGACUACAUUUCAUUAUUUCUCGGACAAAAUAGAAACUGAUACGACGCAGACCUUAGCAUCAAACACCUUCAUCUCCUGAUCCUUGAUACCAGUUACCGUAUACCAAUCGAGAGAAGACAAGAUGGUGUUAGCAGAUCUUGGCCGGAAGAUCACCAAUGCACUUAGGUCGCUAAGCAAUGCUACAGUUAUCAAUGAAGAAGUGCUUAAUUCCAUGCUAAAGGAAAUAUGUACUGCUUUAUUAGAGGCCGAUGUCAACAUCAGACUGGUGAAACAACUGAGAGAGAAUGUCAGAUCUGUCAUAGAUUUUGAGGAGAUGGCUGCUGGUCUCAACAAAAGGCGAAUGAUCCAGUCAGCAGUAUACAAGGAACUAGUUAAGCUGAUCGAUCCAAGUGUCAAAGCAUGGCAACCCACCAAAGCCAAAAACAAUGUGAUCAUGUUUGUCGGUCUUCAAGGCAGUGGCAAGACCACCACUUGCACUAAGUUGGCCUACUACUACCAGAGAAAAGGCUGGAAGACUUGUCUGAUUUGUGCCGACACUUUCCGUGCUGGUGCCUUCGAUCAGUUGAAACAGAAUGCCACAAAAGCCAGAAUUCCAUUCUAUGGAAGUUAUACAGAGACUGACCCUGUUGUCAUAGCCCAGGAGGGCGUUGAUAAGUUCAGAGAUGAAAACUUUGAGAUAAUCAUUGUUGAUACCAGUGGAAGACACAAACAGGAGGAUUCAUUAUUUGAAGAAAUGUUACAAGUUUCUAAUGUUACACAACCAGACAACGUUGUAUUUGUGAUGGAUGCAUCCAUUGGUCAAGCUUGUGAAACCCAGGCCCGCGCCUUCAAGGACAAAGUGGACGUCGCUUCAGUCAUAAUCACAAAACUAGACGGCCAUGCAAAAGGUGGUGGUGCUCUAAGUGCUGUUGCGGCAACAAAAAGUCCUGUGAUAUUCAUAGGUACCGGUGAACACAUAGAUGACUUUGAGCCAUUCAAAGUACAGCCAUUUGUUAGUAAACUGCUUGGUAUGGGAGAUAUCGAGGGCCUGAUAGACAAAGUGAAUGAGCUCAAGUUAGAUGACAAUGAGGAACUCAUGAAGAAAAUCAGACAUGGGCAAUUCACGUUACGAGACAUGUAUGAGCAGUUUCAAAAUAUCAUGAAAAUGGGUCCAUUUGGACAGAUAAUGGGCAUGAUUCCGGGGUUCAGCAGUGACUUCAUGUCAAAGGGCAAUGAACAGGAGUCAAUGGCUAGAUUGAAGAAGUUGAUGACGAUAAUGGAUAGCAUGAAUGAUUCAGAACUUGACAGUCAUGAAGGUGCCAAACUAUUUACAAGACAGACGGGGCGUGUUCAGCGGGUUGCUCGAGGUGCUGGUGUAUCACAGCGAGACGUCCAAGAACUACUUGCACAAUACACAAAGUUUGCUCAGAUGGUGAAGAAGAUGGGAGGAAUAAAGGGACUCUUCAAAGGUGGUGACAUGGCCUCCAAAGUCAAUCCAGCCCAAAUGGCCAAACUCAACCAACAAAUGGCAAAAGUCAUUGAUCCUCGGGUGCUUCAGCAAAUGGGUGGCAUGGCUGGCCUUCAGAGUAUGAUGAAGCAGUUCCAACAGGGCGCAGGAGGGAAGAUGGGGAACAUGUUUGGAGGGGGGGCCGAAUAACCAGCAUCUCGUGUGUGGAAAUGGGGCAGCUGGAGGCAAAAUGCUUCCUAAACCAUUGGAAAGUAAAUCGUUUAAUCUGAUUGAGGAAUAUUGACUGCCAUUGUCUUCAUACACCAGUUUGUCCAGCAAAGAAAACCCAGUCUUUUGUGUCUCGGUUGCCUCUGGUGUCGGGGAUGGGACUUGGGGUGAUUUUUUUUGGGGUUAUUAGUGUGUUCACUUAUUGUCAUUACUUCGCCAAGAACUUUUCUUCAACAAAAACCAUAAAAUGGCUUUCAAAAUAUUCCAGUAUUUCUCCUACAAUUGUAAAAGGCUGAGUCAAAUUUUUGCCGCAACUCGCAAUGAUGAUUGCAUACAUCAAAUAUGGCUCAUUUGCCGUGGCCAUUGCUGGUGCCUGCAACAAAGAAUCGGUGAUUGCAGUAACAUGUGGGCAAUAUCAAAUCCAGCAAUCGCUGCCUUUUUACUGCAGAGGAGAGAUCUUUUUGUCGCUCGUCACAGCACUCAUUAACUCGGGUUGCAGCUACGAAAAUUGCUCGCUCUCUUAGCCCUGAAGUCACCUUUAUUUAUUUUUCAAUGUUGUAUGGGUUGUGCAUCCAUAUGCUUGGGUGGUUUUAAAGGGCAAAUAUAUUUGGGAUAAACUGUAUAUUUUUCAUUAUGACACCAGCUUGUAUGAUUUACCAGGAAAGUGUUCCUGUCAUACUAGGAAGAUGAAAUAAAUGAUGUGUAAAAAGUA